CAUAAUCAGAUCCUGACUGGAACCAAACGGAAACGAGAUAAACACUUUAGUGAAAAUAUUCGCUCUUUAAACGAUAAAAGAAUGAAGCUUUCACAAUGAAGGCUCCUCUGGUGAUAAGGAUCCUUUCUUCUCGCUCAUUUGUGGUCAUCUCCAGAUAUUAUGAAUCCCUCCACGUCCUCCACUCAUCAUGAUGGCCAGUCUGCUGCUGCUGAUGACCACAUGGAUGACUGGCUCUUCCUUUCCUCUAAAUCCGUUGAGCGUCUGAGUCUAGAUGUGAGCAAUCUGAGUCUAGAUGUGAGCAGAGAGGAUCGAGAGGUGGAGGACAAGGGAAGAUUCACAACCAAGCUCGUAUCAGCGUGGAACAGUGUAAAAUAUGGUUGGUCCUUGAAGCAGAAAUCAAAAUUCAGCAAAAGUUCUCCACUGAUCUUGCUCGGAAAGGCCUUUGUGCUCAAAGAUGAAGGGGACAAAGAGAGUUUCCUUCGCUCCUUUGCAUCUCUGCUGUGGUUAACGUACAGACGAGGCUUCCCUCAGCUGGCCGGCUGCUCUCUGACCACCGACAGCGGUUGGGGUUGUGUUUUACGCACAGGUCAGAUGCUUCUGGCUCAAGGCCUACUCCAACACUUGAUGCCACCAGGUUGGAUCUGGUCACUGAAGUGCUGUGCGUUCAAAGACGACAUGGAGCUGCUUCACUCAGCAGACUGUGGUGGGGGUGGGUGGAGCGUAGAGGACAGAAAAUGUAAGAGGGGUCGAAAACUGAGCCUGGGUUCCUUGUUGGACAGACCCAUGGAGGCUACUCACAGAAGGGUUGUAUCCUGGUUCGCAGACCACCCCAUGGCCCCUUUUGGGAUACACCAGCUUGUGGAGUUGGGCAAAAGCUCAGGGAAGAGGGCCGGGGACUGGUACGGUCCGUCCAUUGUGGCACAUAUUAUAAGGAAAGCUGUGGCAGCAUCAGUGGACCUUCCCAAUCUAGUCGUUUAUGUUGCACAAGACUGCACUAUCUACUUGCAGGAUGUGAGGAGGUUGUGUGAACGUCCUCCGCCUCAAUUCUGGAAGUCUGUCAUCAUCCUGGUUCCCGUUCGACUCGGAGGACAAGAUCUCAAUCCAUCCUACAUACCCUGUGUUAAAAAACUCUUGAAGUUACACUGCUGCAUUGGAAUUAUUGGCGGCAAACCAAAGCACUCUUUGUUCUUCGUCGGCUUUCAGGAUGACCAUCUGCUGUAUUUGGACCCUCACUACUGUCAGCCCACAGUGAAUAUAAAGGACAACUUCCCUUUGGAGUCAUUUCACUGCAACCAUCCCAGGAAAAUGUCUUUCUCCCGCAUGGACCCCAGCUGCACAAUUGGAUUUUAUGUAAAUGGACAAAAGGAGUUGGAAUCCUUGUCGACAGCUGUUAAUGAGGCUGUCUCCACAUCUGCAAAGACGUACCCCAUGUUUAUAUUUUCCGAGGGAGGAAGUUUGGAAGAAGAGGGGGGAGAGGAAGGCAAAAUACCAACACACAGCUUCACCUACAUAGAGAGGAAGAAUGAGCUCAGGAAAGCUGACACCAGCAACAGCAUGGAUGAGUUUGUCCUGCUAUGAACAGAAAAGAACUGGAUCCUCCGUGUAACAUGAUGUUUCCACUGUGUGGCAUCUAAUGAGAACAAAUAAUCUCAUCAACAACCAUGUGCAAGUGAGCAGGGGAGUCUCCUUUAAGGUUUGGUCGAAAUAAACUGGUCAGGUAUCACCUAUGACUGCUGUUUUUAUGGUUUUGUUUUGUGUGCUUUUGUAAGUUUAUUUAUUGUUCCCACCAAAGAUUCCUUAAAUCAAUACCAUUCACUUAAGUAAUUAAGAUUUUUUAUUUAUUUCUUUUGGUCACAUCAGUCUGUUUGAAAUUUGAAAAAAUAAUUAAAUCUUUUCAUUUGAUGUCUCAGUACAAUUUAAAAAAAAAAAAAAAAAAGAACAGUACCAGGAAUGAUACUGUCCACCCAGAAAAACACUCAGGGCAAGUGUUACAAUGAGAUCUCUGUGUCUGAUGUCACAGACAGAAUCUGUCCCGCAGGAUGUGUUGCACUUUGAAUUGAUUAGAAACUUGGAUUCCUGUGAACAUGUGACUACUGCUUGAAAAGGACUGAAAGACUGUAUCCCCUCUCAUAAAGGAGCUUUUUUAAGUUUGAUCAAAUCCAUGUUCAUUCAAUCUUGUCUAUAUUUUGUAAAAAAAGAAUAUAUGCUGGAUUUCCCCCCCCAUCUUUUAUCCAAAUAAAGUCUUUAUGAAUGAGGAAAUGUCUCAUGUCU